UUUUGACACGAGGUAAAUUACUGGAACAUAACCUCCAAACUAUCAAACUAAUUAUUUAAAAUUUAAAUAAACCGAUGAGCAAAGGUGGCAAGCAUCGUUAUAUAUCAUUAUACCCAACAUUCUUUAAUAUUUUCUUGCAAAUUGAGGAAGAAUCCGACAAACAAUCGGAUAUAAUAUAAUUUUUUGUCAAUAAUAAACGAUUUAAGUAACAUAACCUAAAAUUUAACAAAUGUUUCUUAUUGAGAUCUGAAAAAUUCGUCUUCUUAUUUUAAAUUACGAAAUUAUGACAUUGGAAUAACUUUUGUUUUAACUGUACAUCAGAUUCUUCUUUAAUGUAAGGUGAUUCGUGAUUUUGUUUAAUUUUAUGUUUCUGCAACAUUGUUGACAACACAAUGUGAGGUUAUAAACAAUUUCAUUUGAACCAGGUAGUGGAGAGGCUUUUAAUUUAAACGCAACCUGCAAUUAAUUUUGUCAAACUCAUGACAGAGGAACAACAUUUGAAAGUAGUGAAAUUAGCAAAUGGAUUGGAAAUUGAUAAAGGAAAGAUGAAAAUAAUUACUGAAGGAUGCGAUACGAAUGGAGUAAUUGAUGCUGGAAAAUUGAAAGGAAAUUUAGAGAAGGAAAGAAAAGAAGAAGAAGAAGAAGAAGAAACAAAUGGAUUGGAAAUUGAUAAUGGAAAUGUGAAAAUAAUUACUGAAGGAUGCGAUACGAAUGAAGUAAUUGAUGCUGGAAAAUUGAAAGGAAAUUUAGAGAAGGAAAGAAAAGAAGAAGAAAAUGAAACUAAUGGAUUGGAAAUUAAGGAUAAUGGAAAGAUGAUAAUGAGUAAUGAAAAAUGCGUAACGAAUGGAAUAAUUGCUCCUGGUAAAAUUGAAGGAAAUAUAAAAGAGGAAAAGAAAACAGAAGAAAAACUUCAAAAGUGUGAUUCAGUAAUGAAAGGAAAAGUGAAUGAUGAAAUGGAUAAAGAAAUGAAAACAUUAAAACAAUCAAUAGAGAUGUUAAAAAUGAAUAUUAUUAAAAAGGAAGAAAAACUGGAAAAGGCGAUUAAGAAAGUAGAAUUUUUAAAAAGUUACAUUUUAAAGGAGAAAACCGUUUUAGAAAAUAAAGAGCAAGAUUUAAAACGAAAAAUUAAAUAUGAUAAUUGUGAAUUACCAAAAUCAAAAAAAAAAGAAAUAUUCAACAACAGUAGAAGUUGAUGAUGAAAAACCUUGCACCUCGAAGAGUGUGGAAAAGGAAAAUGAUAAAGAAAAAAAGGAAAAAUCUACUUGUGAAAAUAAAAAAGAAGAAGGAAUAAAAAAAACCAAAUAUGUUAUGUACGAUGGAAAGAUUCAUAUUGGGGGAGACAUUUUCAUUAGCAAAGAGAAUUGGAAAAAAGCUAAGAAAUGCACUACUUAUUCUAAAAUGUGCAAUUGUUUAGUGACAUCAAUAAUUCCAGAAGACUUAAAUUUAUACUGCUUUAAUUUAUUAACGGCGAAACCUAUAAAUGGAAAAGCUAGAAAAUUAUUUCCUGACAAUGUAGUAACAGUAAUAAAAGAUAUUGUGAAAGAUGACAUGAUGAAACAAAAUAGGUAUAGUCCAAAUGAUAUUGAAAAAGAAUUAGGUGAAAUUAAAAAUUACAUUUCAAAAAAAAUACGUUCACUUAAUAGAAAAAGCAAAUA